UCCCUCAGGUCAGCCCUUGAGAGAUCUGAUUUGAAGGAAAUGGGGGUGAGAGGGAUGAUUCUGGCAGAAGUCUUAGAGCCAAAGCAGCAGGAAGGCCCCUGCUUAUCCCCCAGUGGGACUGGACGCCGGGCGGGGGGCGGAGAGAGCUGGCGGUGAGGCGGUGAGCAGCCAGAAGCCUGGCGAGCGGCGGCUGGAGAGAGUGUCCUGGAAGCAGAGGCCCAGCCUCCUGCUCUCUGAGGCUCUCGGCUGAGCUGGAGGGUCCCUGGGGUUCAGUAGCUGCCUCCAGAGCGGGAUCCGUGAGAAUGCAGGGCCCAGGCUGGUGGUGCAGGGAUCCGGUAUUCGGUGGGAGUGAUGGAGAUGAUCAGGGUUCUUGCAGAGUGGGGGCAGAGGGACUGCAGGAGGAAGGUGGGAAAAAGGGGAUUUAUAUCAUUUAUCCUCCUAAAGAAAGAAGUUUGGGGUUCACAGUCAGGGAAAGUACAUCCUUGAGGGCAGUGCUGCUGGCCAAGGUGAGGCAGCAGUUGUGAUAGGAGCAGUCUGCACUAGGACAGGACACUUGAAGUUAGGGAUCCCGUUAGGCCUCAGUGGCCUUGUGCUAGUCACUUAAGCUCUGUAGAUCUUGACUGACUUCAUUUGUUAAAUGACAUUAAGUACCUUAUAUUUGUGGGACAGGGAAAUGGAUUUCUUGAGUUGUGUUUUGUUUUUUGAAACUGACGAGUUGCUGGUUGUUGCUUUACUGUUUCCUUCAUCCUGGGACUGACUUAUCCGGUAACUUGCCAUCCGCGAACCAUAUCCCAAGUACCAAUCCUGGAUGUCUGACAUCUGGCAGGUUCCUCUGCCCAACCAUGUCAGCGAUGCAUUGUCUUCCUUGUAGCUCCCAUCCUCUUCUGAUCUCCUCUCAGUACUGGGAAGCAAAGUUUUCACUCACCGUGCCAAUUUGUUACCAUGAAUUAGAAGAGGAUCAUGUUGGCAAGAAGGAGGUGGUGAUUUUCGAGGAUGUGGCUGUGUAUUUCACCCGGAGAGAAUGGGCUUGCCUUUCACCUGCACAGAGGGCCCUUUACAGAUGUGUGAUGCUGGAGAAUUAUGGGAACUUGACAUCCCUGGGAUAUCAAGUUCCCAAACCCGCCCUGAUCUCACAUCUGGAGGGAGGGGAUUUGCCUUGGGACCUGGAGGCACAGGACUGUCCACCUGCAGAGAGAACCAAAGGUGUCUGUAAAGAUGCUGAGAUCACAUCAACACAGGGAAUUUCUGAAGAAAGAGAUGUGAUGUUGUUACUUGGUCUGCAGAAGCUUGUUCCUCAGAGGACCAACUUCCUGGAAACGUGUAAACUGGAGAAGUGCCAGGAUAUCCCCACAGUGAAAAAUAUUAGAGGAAAGGUCCCAAGAAUCCAAUAUGAUAGCAAACCCUUUAGGUGUGAGGAAUGUGGGAAAUGCUUCAGCAAUUUUUCUUACUAUGUUAGACACCAGAGAAUCCACACUGGGGAGAAACUCUUUGAGUGUAGACAAUGUGGAAAAGCCUUUAAUGGCAAUUCUUCAUUAAUUCGGCAUCAGAGAAUCCACACUGGAGAGAAACCCUAUCAGUGUGAGGAGUGUGGGAGAGCCUUUAAUGAUAAUGCAAAUCUGAUCAGGCAUCAGAGAAUUCACAGUGGGGAUAGACCCUAUCUUUGCAAGGAGUGUGGAAAUAGUUUCACGAGCAGUUCUGAAUUUGUUAUACAUCCGAGAAUCCACACUGGAGAGAAACCUUAUGAGUGUAAUGAGUGUGGAAAGGCUUUUGUUGGUAGUUCCCCACUACUUCGACAUCAGAAAAUCCAUACUGGAGAGAAACCCUAUGAAUGUAAUGAGUGUGGCAAAAGCUUCGGAAGGACUUCCCAUCUUAGCCAACAUCAGCGUAUUCAUACAGGGGAAAAGCCUUAUUCUUGUAAAGUAUGUGGACAAGCCUUCAAUUUUCAUACAAAACUAACUCGACACCAGAGAGUCCACAGUGAGGAGAAACCUUUUGACUGUGCAGAUUGUGGGAAAGCCUUUAGUGCUCAGGAACAAUUUAAAAAGCAUCUAAGGAUCCAUAUUCAGAGGCCUUCCUAUGUAUGCGAUGAAUGUGGGAAAGUCUUCACUAGCAAAAGAACCCUUCUUCAGCAUCAAAGACUCCAUACUGGAGAGAAACCCUAUGAGUGUUUCAAGUAUGAAAAAACCUUUAGGACGUCUUCCCAGCUAGUUCAUCAUGAGCACGCCCACCCCGGAGAGAAACCUGUGCUGGAUAUUUGUCACUUUGGCCUCCCAGAAUUUUUUACCCCUUUUUACUGGUAGUACACGAAAUAUCCUUUUGGAUUCCAUCUUCCAUUCAGGAAUGGAAUGUGUGACACAGGCCUGGCUGAGAUGCAGAUUCCUUCCACUAAGCCACAGUUGAUGGCUCAGAGUCAGGUUACCCAGGAUGGUCCAGUUAGUCCCAGGACUUGGCCACAGUUUCUGGAGAAAUAUUCUUCCUUUUUAUGUAGUCUUAAAGCUGAGAGGAUUUCCUGGAUUCUUAGGGAAGCUGAGGAUAAAGUCAACACAGCAAAAGAGAAAUCAGACUUGGAGAGCAGCCUUGAAGUCUGCAGUCUUGAAGACUCUCUGAACAACUUCAUGAAACCGUAUGUGAAGGUAGAAAUACAUCUGGGUUUUUGAAUUCCAGUAACCAAUAAACUCCACUUUUGUUUCACUCAAGCAAGUUUGAGUUAAGUUUUUAGAACAGAGCCUUAUGAGUGUAACAAUUAUUUUAAGUCUCCAGGGAAAACAAACAUGAUGGAGGAGAAAUGUUUUGUUAAUACGAUGUGUGGGAAAAUCUUUAGCUGUAGUCCUCGCAGUCCCUGUGAUUGUAACAAAAUUGGGAAGCCCUUUGUAGAUCAAGCUACAUCAGUACACCACCAAUGGAUGGAAGUUCUGACAACUUAAGCUCUGUGAGAAAAGUUUCAGUGUUACUAUAAAACUAUGUCUGCAUUGUAUCCAUUCUCAAGAAACAACUAUAAAACCAAAAGCCUGCAUUCUUAAAACUCA